AGCUCUCUUCGAGCCAACCCAAUGGCAUCUCUUGACACCGAAGUCACCAUGGUUCCGGCUGGAGAAGGCUCCAGCGGAGCCGGACCUUCAUCCUCCACGGUGUCCACCUCAACUUCUGGUAAGAAAGCCACGCGAUUCGAGAUCAAGAAGUGGAACGCCGUCGCUCUUUGGGCUUGGGAUAUCGUGGUGGAUAACUGUGCAAUUUGCAGGAAUCAUAUUAUGGAUCUUUGCAUCGAGUGUCAAGCUAAUCAAUCCAGUGCUACUAGCGAGGAAUGCACAGUUGCUUGGGGUGUUUGCAAUCAUGCUUUUCACUUCCACUGUAUUAGCAGAUGGCUCAAGACACGCCAGGUUUGCCCAUUAGAUAACAGUGAGUUGGAGUUCCAGAAGUACGGUCACUAGAGCUUGGGCAA